CGCGACCAUCCUCUGUGAUGCGUCCGCCCGGCGCUUCGGCCAUCAACCACGGCACCGUUGGCUCGAGCACCAAAGGUGCCGCGCCGGCGGGUAGAUUGUGCGCGUCGUCUGGGCGCCGGGGCAGCCCGGGUCCCGCCGCCAUGCUGAGCGCGCCGGAGACGGCGACGCCCCGGGAGGUGCGCUUCGCGCCGUCGGUGAAGAUGAACGACGGCCGGAGCCUCACGGAGGAGGCGGCCCUCGAGGCGUCCGGCGAGUGCCAGCUCGAGCUCGUCACGCAGCUCGUGCUGCGCCAGUGCCAGAUCCGGCGCCUCGAGCCGGCCUGCGCCUCCGGGCUCAUCAACCUCCAGGUCCUCUCGCGCGCGCUCUCGCACAACCUGCUCAAGUCGCUGCACGGCUUCGCGGAGCUCGUGUCGCUCGAGGAGCUGAACCUGAACUUCAACCAGCUCGCGUCCCUCGACGGCCUCGAGAGGUGCGUCAAGAUCUGCCGCCUCUACGCGAGCAACAACCGCCUCGCCAAGGCCGAGGGCCUCUGCGGGCUGCCGCUGCUGAGGACCGCGUGCCUCUUCGGCAACCAGCUGAGCGGCCUCGACGGCACGCUGGAGACGCUGCGGCGCUGCCCGAAGCUCCGCGAGGUCGACCUGCUGGGGAACCCGCUGGCCCACGAGCGGGGCUACAAGCACCGGGUCGUCCGGUGCCUCGUGCGGCUCGAGGCGCUCGACGGCGACCGCGUCGUGCCCUUCGACAAGGAGAUGAGCCGCGCGUUCUUCGCGUCGGAGCGCGCCGGCGGCGGCGACGAUGGGAAGAAGCAGCGGCCGAGCACGGCGCCCGCGCCGGAGAAGCGGCCGCCGCUGGCGACCAAGAACGAGGCGUUCGACUGGGCGUGCCUCCCGAAGGAAAAACCGCGGCUCUUCGGCGCGCAGGCCGACGACAAGCUCCACGCGGACCCCGUGGCCCUGGGCUACCUCGCGAAGCACAUGCUGGACCACCCCAUGCAGGGCCCCGCGUACCGCGACGGCGACUGGCGCGCGGACGACGCGCGGAAGUUCGUCGAGCGGCUCCGGCUCCGGAGCGCGACGCACAAGGACUCGCUGGUCACGGGCGGGCCCGCGGCCAAGGGCUGCGCCGACGUCGACGGCGCCACAAGGGUGGCGUCCGCCGUCGACGCGUCGGACCCGUACCUGACGAUCCGGCGGCUCAUCGCGCUCGCGCUCGUCGAGUCGUUGCAGAGCGACGCGACGCGCGCGCCCGCGGCGCCGGCCGCGGACGUCGCCGACAUCGCCCGGGAACUGGAGCGGCUGCGCGUCGAGAACGCGAACAUGUUCCUCAUCCGCGAGGAGAACGCGAGUUUGCGGAAGCGCGUCGGCGAACAAAACGCGGACGCGGGCGAGCUCCGGCGCCUCAAAGAGGAGAACGCGGACCUGGCCGCGCGCCUCGGCGAGGCCGAGGCCCAGCUCCAGGCGCUGCACCUCGCGGCCAUCACGGGCUCGGGUGCCGCCGCGCCCGCGCCGCGGCCGCGGACGGCCGCGGAGAUCAUCGACGAGUGCGCGGGCGAGAUCCUGUGCGAGAUCGACGACGAGCUCGAGGAUUUGUUCCGGGCGAACGCGGCGUCGCUGAGCCAGCUGCGGAGCGACGUCGAGGCCUUCCAGUUCGAGGUCGGCGUCGAGCCCGCAGUCGGCCCGCCCGCGGCCGCGCCCGUCGCGCCCAUCGCGCUCGCGAAGCCCGCGACGCCGCCCCCGGGGCAGACGGACCGCGAGCCGGACGUCGACACGCCCGCGCACGUCCGCGGCCGCCCGCUCUGGUCGUCGCCCUCCGGCGACGCCGACUCGGCCGCCGCCGUCGCCGCGGCGCCGCUGCCGCCGUCGCCCGCGCGGCCGGGGUCGCGCGCGGGCCGCGCGCUCAAGGCGCGCGCCGCGGCGCCCGCGCACUCGCGGCCGAAGACGCCGUCCGUCGCGGACAUCCUCGCGGGCCGCCGGACGCGCGAGGCCGCGUCCGAGUCCGACGACGACGAGUCCGCGGACGUGUGGAACGCCGCGCUCGAGAAACGGAAGUGCGACGGCGCGCCGGCCGUGUCCGACCGCGUCGUGACGACGAAGCACGCGUGGCUCCUCAUGGGCGACGACGCGGCCGACGACGGCGCGGAGGAGUCCAAGGCCGACGACCGGUGCGUUCACUUUUUAGCCCUCGAAGCCGAGGACCUGGGCUUCGAAGUCGAGUGGCUCAGCCGCACGACCGGCGCGGCGGCGGACGACGCGCCCUACGCCUCGCGCACCUGCCGCCUGACGCACGCGGGCUGGGACGGCCCCGUGGUCCUCGACUUCCUCGCGAUCUGCGGCCUCGUGCAGAUCUCGGCCGUGUACGGCGACAAGCGCAGCCGCUCGGACGUCGCCGCGGCCGCGCCGCGCGCCGCCGUCGGCCGCCGCCUCGCGACGCGCGUGCUCCGGCCGCUCCAGUCCGCGGAGCCGCCGCACGCGACGCUCGCGGGCCUGCCGCCGCCCCUGGCGGCCCAGGUGCUCGCGUGCCUCGGCGCGCGCCAGGUCCGCCGCGUCGCCGCGACCGCGCGGGGCCCGCGCGUCGAGGCGUCGCGCGACGCGCUCUGGUCGCGCCUGCUGCGGCGCGACCGCGCGGCCCUGGACGUCGACGUGCCGCCCGGCGACGGGUCGCUCGGCAGCGGGCCCGUCGUCGCCAUCUACGCGGCGCUCGCGCUCGCGGCGCGCGCGCGCCGCGACGUCGUCGGCCGCCGGCGCCGCGAGGUCUGCCGGGUCGUGGGCGAGGAGGAGGAGACGGUGGCGCGGCGCCGGGACCUCGCGCGGGCGCUCUUCGACUUCGACGACGCGGACCGGCCCUACCGCAUCUCGCCCUUCUCGCCGCCGGCGCCGCCGCUCGAGCCGACCUUCGCGCCGACGAUCCCCCGGGGGCCCACCUGGGCGCCGCCCUGGGCGUUCCGCUGACACGGCGCGCUUGUCUUGUAUAUACUCGACCUUCGAAUCG